AUGUCACAAAAUGUAUUUCGCACAUCCUUUCGAGCAAGUGUCCAUACUCGAGAGUUACAAAAUAUUUUCUGCAAACCGAAACUUGCCUAUUUCAGUAGUAAAAAGAGAGCCACAACUGCUAAUAGUAGUUCUUGGUUAAAACGGUUUCUAACACCAGCGGAAGAGAGGGAUCUCUAUUUCGACAUAACAAGUUCAUUCCGUAAGAAGCUGGUUGAACAGUCUGAGAAGAGUCAUCAGUCUUACAGUAACAUAAUAGAACAUGCACUUUUGGCAUCGAACAAUAAAGUGGCUAUACAGAAAAUAAUUCCAGCUCAUCGUCUGAAAGAUUUACAAACCGAAAUAGAUAAGGCAGGAAAAGAGAAGGAUAUUCAAAAAUUGCAACAAUUAGAGGAGGAAUUACUUUCAGAGAGCGGCCUGUAUAAUCAGCAACUAAUUACAAUGUAUAAUAGACUCAUUCGAGCGUAUUUGUGGAGCGGCAAUUUGCAGUAUGCCGAGGGGAUAUUGACUAAAAUACGCAAUCAAGAUUUGCUACCAACAACACGAACAUUUACAUAUCUAAUCAAAGCAUAUCUGGAAGCGAACCAAUUAUCAAAAGCAAACAAUAUGGCUGAAACAAUGCAGCAUCUCUCGCUACUAAACUUGAAGAGAUACCACAGUUUUGAUGUAGAGGUCAUGUUGAGAUAUUAUAUCGCAUGCGGUGAUAAGCAUGCUAUUGACUACUUAUGGCGCGACAUGACUCCAUUAAUAGACAUGAUUAACCCCACUUUGAAAGUGUUAACUAUUUACAUUGACUAUUUAUUAUCAACAGCUACUUCAGGUAUUGAUCGUACCAAUGAAAAUGGGAUAGAUAUGGUCUCACAAGUAGCGCAGAUAGUUUUACAUAAAUAUCAAAAAACUGAAACGGUCAGUUUAGAGGCAUUUGUUACAUGGCUGAAAGCAACAAAAAUAUUAGCGAGUCAACAGCAUACAAGAUAUACUCAACAAGCAGAGGAAUUAUUAUGCUACCUGAUUGAAAGGGCACCAUCGAUACAAGAUUCAAUGUCGAUAUCGAAACCAGCAAUAUCAAUUGAUAACAACUACCAAAAAAUGAUAACGGAACUGAUCAAUCACAUUGUACAGUUGUACACUACGGAAAAUCAAGCCUUGAAGAUUCUAGCGUUUUAUUACAAAUUGCGGAAAGUGAUGGCUAGGAGUGUACUACCUGAAGAGCUUCUCGAUUCCAAAGCAAUACAAACUGUAAAGAGUACCUUACAACGCGUGGAGGAGAAGUCUAAAUACGAUAGCGACAGCAACAGUCGACAAAUAAUCACGUCAUUGGAAGGCUUAAUAACGGAUGUCUGA